UUUAAAAUAAAAUAUUUAAAGAACAUAAGGUUUCUUAUUAAAUAAAUACAUUAUUUUGUUUAAAAUGAGCUGGAAAGGGUUUCAAAAAGCUGUAGUAAGGGCGCCUCAACAAUUUAAGGGGAAGCUUAAUAUUGGAGAAAAUACAGUGGAUGCAGCUUAUACAGAUGUUGAGACUCAGUUUAAGGAACUUGAACAAAAAUUAAGAAAAUUGUUCAAUAAUACCAAAAAAUAUGUUCAAUCAAUAACAGACAUUUUGAAUUAUCAAAUGGAAUUUGCUGGGAUUAUCGAAGAAAUUUAUAAACCGAUUACAGGAAAAGCUACAGAAGUUGAAAAUAAAUCACAUGAAGAAUGUAGCGAAGCUGUUGAAGCCUGUCAAAAAUAUCAAACUAUUGUUAAAGAACUUCAAGAGACGCUUACUCCAGAACUGGAAAUGAUUGAAUCAAGAAUCAUUGGUCCUACUAAUGAAUUAUUAUCUAUUAUUUCUUCUAUUCAUAAAAUAACGGAGAAACGAGAACGAAAACGUUUGGAUUAUGACCGUCACAGAUCUAAUUUAAAGAAACUUCAAGACAAAAAAGAAAAAACCUUAAAAGAUGAAAGGGCUCUUUAUAGCGCAGAAAAUGUUGUUGAACAUAGUACACAAGAGUUUGAAUAUUAUAAUACUUUAUUAAAAGAAGAACUUCCUAUACUUUUUGAUUUAGAAACUAAUUUUAUUCAACCAUUAUUUCAAAAUUUUUAUUAUAUACAACUCAAUAUAUAUUAUACUCUUUAUGAAAAAAUGAAGCGUAUUGAUAUUGGAUAUUUUGAUCUAAAUACAGAAAUUGUUGAGGGAUUUGAACUGAAACGGAACAAUAUUCAAGAAAUAACAGAAGGCCUUGGUAUUGUAAAAUUUACUAUGUCUCGGAGAUCUCGAUGUAUCUCUGAAUUUGACAAUUCUAAACCAACUAAAUUAUCUCCUACAUUAUCUCAUUUAGAAUCAAAUACGCAAUCGGAAGAGUUGCCUUCUUAUUACGAAGUACAGAAUUUACGAAGCUAUCAGUCAAAUUGUGGAAAUAACAUUGGAGAAAGUAGUAAUGUUAAUAAUAAGUAUUCUAAUAUCAAAAAGAUGCCACCUCCUCUUCCAAGCAAACCAACUGUAUUAAAAGGGAGACAAUGUGCAGUGGCGUUGUAUGACUACGAAGCACAGGUGGAAGGCGAUCUUUCUUUUAAAGUAGGAGAUAGAAUUGAAAUAAUAAAGAGGACAGAGAACAAAAAUGAUUGGUGGACUGGGAAAUUAAAUGGAGUUCAGGGAAUAUUUCCAGGAAAUUAUACAGUAUUGGAGUAG